AGAGAACAGGAGCUUUGAGCUUCGAACACAAGAAUCAGCAGGAAGCCAGAAGAAAGCUCUCCUCCUCCGAGCCAACAUGCCUUCUAAGCUUGCAGUGGCCUUCCUGGCAGCCUUCCUUCUCUCCACAGCUCUGUGCGAGGUUAUGGUUGUGACAAAGCUUACUACGGAGCUUCGAUGUCAGUGCAUCAAGACUCAUCCCACACCGUUCUCCCCCAAAUUUAUCAGAGAAUUGAAAGUGAUUGAGAGUGGGCCACUCUGUGACAGGACAGAAAUCAUUGUGACACUCAGUGACAAAAGACAGCUCUGCCUGGAUCCCAAGAAAAAGUGGGUGCAACAGAUUGUGAACAUAUUCUUGAAGAGGGCUGAGAACAAAGAUUCUUGAAAGAAAAUGCACUCUCCAUGACCAUCAAGAAACUCUCAGUGAAGACACCAUGGACAAACAAACAAAUCUACUUCAUUUCUUCCUAUAUUGCAUGGAUCUGCUGUGAGGUUGCCAGCUAAAACACUGGAUGCCCAACUGAGUUCAAAUUUCAGAAGACAGUGAAUAGUUUUUUCACUGUACCAUGCAAUAUCUAGGGCACGCAUAUAUUUGAAGUUAUGCAUUUUAAUCUAUGAAAAAUUGUAUAUCUUAUUUUAACUAUAAGGGUCUUUUAGAUAUUGCAUGGGACAUUGCAAAAAGGGUGAAAUUGAGAUCAAGGGCUAGGAGAAUAGGUGGCCUUCCACUACAGGAAUUGGUCAUUAGAAAAGUGAUGCAUGAAGCAUUAAAUGAUAGAACAGCAAUGUUUUCUGUAAAUUUAAAUUUAGCUAGAAAAUCCUGACUAUUAUGAGUUAAAUCUGCCACCCUAGUUCUGCUGGCCAGGACCCUGGUGACCUGCCCAUCUGCAGGGAGUUCUCUUCACUCCUCAUCCGAGGAAGAAGUGUCCUCCACUGUCCUUCCUCACUGGGUGAGAUGGGGACAUAUGGGAGCACUUUAAAUUUUUUCGUGAUCAAGUAAAUUAUCCUGAAGUGUAACUAUUCAUCUAUUUAUUAUUUAUGUAUUUAUUUAAUCAUCCAAUACUGUAACAUCUCUGCAUGAAUUUGAAAAAGUGGAGAAAAAAAGAAACAUAGUUGAUAGGGUAAUGUGAUGUCAUAGUAAGUUAUUAUUUAUUUUAGAUAUUGAAUGAUAUACUCAAGGAUUUUUGAUCAGGCUAUCCAAAUUUUUUAAAAAAUACAAAUAAAAGGACAACUAGUUAAAUUUUUAUUUUAAUUUAAAAAUAAUAUUGUCGUGUGAGUACAUUGUUUAUCUGAAUUUUUAGUUGUGCCAACCAUCAGUUUUGAUAUCCUCACACUUGUCUUUUUAACUUAAAAAUACUUUUAUGUUUUCAUAAAGAUAUUCUCUAC